GUGCCCACACACACACUCACUCCACAGAGAAUCCGGGACCCGUAGAGCCGAUAGGUUGCGAUUGGGAUGGGCCUCCGCCUCACGUUCAUGUCUGCCCUUCUCCCUCCCCAUUUCCCGCUGCUGUUCACCCGUGGAGGAAGCAAUUCUAGGUAGCCACCAGCUGCUCCUCUCUCCCGGAUCGAGGCGGGGGGUCGCAGCAUGGCAGGAAAGGAGGAGGCGGCGGCGGCGGCUGAUGCGGAGGAGGCAGCUUCCACCAACCAGCGCAUUCACAGCCUCAAAGGCUGGUGAUUGCUUGAUGUUCCGUGUCUCUGAAAGUGAAGUUAUAUUUUGUAAUGUGCCUUGCUACGGUUUGUGACAGUUCCAGCAGUACGGAAAAAGCUCUGUCUAUCGGCCGUCCACUUAAGAAAAGGAAGUCACAGUAUGAACUGAUUGAUCCAAGGCUGCUAUCACUUAAACACAAGUUUUGGAACCGAUUAUCUCCCCAGGAUGAUGAGUCUGCAACCACAGAAAGCUUAGGAUAUGAUGGCAUUUUCAUCAACAAGAACUGUGGCACGGACAUGGUCAGCAUAUCUGAAGAAAUAAACUCUUGUGAAAAUACUCUAAGCCUGUUUGGUGGGUGCAUUGAAGUGGACUCUCAAAAUGGAAUUCAGGGCCAAUCUAUGAAAAUGUUUGAGGUCCGGACAUCUGCAUCCAGUAGCUCAAGCAACAAUUUUCCAUCUGAGGCUUUCAGUUCUUCCCGUAGCAGUGGCACCAGAGAGACUGACAGCUGGGUUAUGCAUAGCCUAGAGCACGAUCAUCCAAGUCUGACGCUGCAACCGCAUGACUAUAACUUGGAAAGGAUAUAUGAUGUACUUGAACAGUACGGUGAUCUAAUGAAGGACGAACCCACGAGUGGUGAUGUUUAUGGUUCUGAUUCGCAUAUCAUGGAUGAGAAGCUUUACUCGAACGGCGUCGAUGAUUUCCAGAUUUUGCCUACAGGCCAGACUGGCUAUCACGGUGAGAAGAAGCUAACCAUCGAUCAAGAAUUUGAGCAGUAUUUUUCGAACCUCAUGCUUUAGCAUGGAGUGGAUAAUUUUGCGACAAAAAUGCCGUUGCAUCGGGACCUGCAAAGACGGCUUGCUUCCUGCAGUUAUGAGGUUUAAGCUACCCACCGUGAGCAAAGUGCGGACCUUCGCUACUAUUGGAGUUAUUGGUGUAUUUGUACACCGAAUCUUAUCACGUAAUGUAUAUAUGUGUGAUAUGUGUCCACCCAGCAAAUCCUGGCAUCAUGUUGUAUCAUGUCUAGGCUGAAUAGUAUGUUCCUUUUAUGUCGUGCUGUUUCUGAAUGGAUCAAUAAGGAAGCAGAAGCCAUCCCGGAAUUGGGAGGUGAGGCAACUUGUGA